AUGACUGACGAGCCCGCCGCGCCUCAGGACGACGAGUAUGUAUACUACGACGACGAUCCGGACGUGUACAAGAGGAUUUACAGUUUCUGUUUUCGUCUCAACUUGUACUUGGAGAUGAUCUCCAUUCUAAUCAACCUAUUCCAUCUUUCAAUUCUGAGCCGAAAGGAGCUUCGAGCGAAUUCCGUUUAUAAGCUCAUGAUCGCGAUUUGUGUUUGUGAUAUUGUGAAUUUCGUUCUCGAUGUCUACCAAACAAUGAUCGAGUUGUACUGGAUUCCCGACUAUUUCCCCCUGUACGCAGAACUGUGCCUUCGACGGGAUUAUGCGGAAGUCAGCGUCGUCUAUUACGCCAUCUACGCCACUAUGGAUAUCACGAAAAGAUACUCCGUCUGGCUCGCCAUUCUGAUGGCUCUCAUCAGAACAUUAUCGGUUUUGUUUCCGAUGAAUCGAUUCAUUCAAAACAUGUCCAGACCGCGAAACACGGGCCGGGCCAUGCGGAUACUUUUCGUGUUCUGGCUCUGCUAUUCCACGUGGCAUUAUACCACUUUCCGCAUCUUUUGGCUUCCCGACAAUUUGAACACACAGUGAGUUUUUGAAUGUUAACCGACACGACCAACCGAAUGCAUUCAGAUGUCAAAACGGUCCCUCGACUGCUUACAAACAACGAUACGUCCUGGCGAUGCCCAUGAGCCUUAUAUAUCUGCUCUCCAAUCUCGGCUACAUCGAAGUUAUUAUGAAGUUCAUUCCGACCGUCUGCUACCCGAUUCUCACAGUUUCUUUGCUGCUCCAGUUGCGGAAAAUCAAGACGAGAAGAGAGAAUUUGAAGAGAAACGACGACGGCUCGGAUAACACGACCAAAUUGAUAUUGUUCAUGACCGUCUCCUUCAUGUUGACCGAGGGAUUGGCGGGUCUUCAGGGAAUGUUCAUGUAUAAUUACGAGGCGUUGCUCUUGUGGAAUGAGGACUUUGCGUGAGUCAUGGGCCAGACUCUUAUUGCUUAGUUUUUCACUUUCAGAUACUCCAUCGCUACCUCACAGUACGCACUGAACAUCUUACGAACUGUGAAUGCCACGUCACACUCGUUCAUCUGUUUCUUGAUGUCAUCACAGUAUCGAGACACUUUCCGCUCACUGUUCUUCAAGAACCAAAUGGAAAGAAAAGUAUGAAUUACCGUAGAAUUGUUUGAAUUUCAUGUUAUUUUAGACUAUUCUGGUGGAAGAAACAAACUCGUAUCAUUCGGUGAGCUCGAAGAAGUCUCGAAGUGUCAAGAUGUGCAAAGUUGAGAAGUUUUGA